AUGAGUGCAGACCGGAAUUUGAGUGUCGCCUCACAGGGAGGACAUCGCAAGUCGGUUGCGGAAGAACCUGUGACAUCCGUGCUUGCGGGCGGCGAAGUUCCCAUGUUUGACCGAGAGUUGACAGCCGAUGAGGAGGUUCUGGCUGCUCUUGGUUACGUUCCAGAAUUCAAGCGUGAAUUCUCAUUAUGGACGUCAUUCUGUGUCUCUUUUGCUGUCCUAGGCUUGCUUCCGUCCUUCGCCUCCACUCUCUAUUAUGGCAUGGGUUACGCUGGAACGCCCGGUAUGGUCUGGGGCUGGCUGAUUGCCAUGGCAUUCAUCCAAUGUGUCGCCAUGGGCAUGGCUGAGCUGUGUUCGUCCAUGCCUACAUCGGGUGGUCUCUACUACGCCGCGGCGGUGCUGGCUCCUCCGGGAUAUGGCCCUCUAGCUGCCUGGAUCACUGGUUGGUCGAAUUGGCUGGUCCAAGUCACAGGCGCCCCUUCCGUCGACUAUGCGUUGGCUUCGAUGAUCCUGGCCGCUGGAUCCAUCACCAAUCCCGACUAUGUCCCCCAGAAUUACCAAGUGUUUCUCCUGACCACUCUGAUUAUGAUUAUUCAUGCAUGCAUCUCGUCCAUGCCUACCCGCUGGAUUGCCACCUUCAACUCAUACGGCAGCACCUUCAACAUCAUUGCAUUGGUCAUCACCAUCAUCACGAUUCCGGCGGCCACCACCCGUGAGUCUCAGGGGUUGCCGCGUUUCGCCAAGAGCAGCACAGUCUGGGGCAACUUCUACGAGGGAACAGACUUUCCCAAUGGUGUCGCUCUCCUCAUGUCUUUCAUCGCCGUUAUCUGGACCAUGUCGGGAUAUGAUGCGCCUUUCCAUCUAGCUGAGGAAUGCAGCAACGCAAACAUUGCGAGUCCUCGGGCCAUCGUCCUGACUUCAGGGAUUGGCGGUGUCAUGGGUUGGUUUUUGCAGUUGGUCGUGGCUUAUACCGUGAUCAGUAUCGAUGACGUCCUGAAUUCGGAUAUCGGCCAACCUUGGGCGUCUUACCUCAUGCAAAUCCUGCCUAGGAACACCGCUCUGGCCCUGCUUUCGAUGACCAUUAUCUGCGGUUUCUCCAUGGGCCAGGGUUGCAUGAUCGCGGCAUCACGAGUCACCUUUGCGUACGCCCGUGACAAUUGCUUCCCCUUCUCCAACCUGUGGAAACAAGUCAACCCUACAACAAAGACUCCGGUCAAUGCUGUGUGGUUGAAUUGCGCUGUGGGUAUUCUUCUGACUCUGCUCCUCUUUGGGGGCGAGGCAUCCAUCGGUGCCAUCUUCAGCGUCGGCGCCAUUGCAGCAUUCGUGGCCUUCACCAUUCCUAUCACCAUUCGAACCUUCUUCGUGGGCAACCGUUUCCGUCGCGGACCAUGGCAUCUUGGCAAAUUCUCCUACCCUAUUGGUGUAGCGUCGACCUGCUUCACCUCACUGAUGAUUCCCAUUCUCUGCCUUCCCAGCGUGACGGGCUCGGAUCUGGACGCUUCACUCAUGAACUGGACCUGUUUGGUGUGGGGUGGGCCGAUGCUGCUUGUUCUGGUCUGGUGGGUGGUGGACGCGCACAAGUGGUUUACGGGACCGAAGGUCAACAUCCAGCACAUGAUGCUUGGAAGAGAAGAAAAUGUAAUCGAUGGCAAAGAGGGCUCGGAUUCGGGAAGCGGCAUUUCGCCAGCCCCGGGCACGGAUAUGGACAAAGCAAUGUUGAACAAAGUGUGA